UCAAAGCAUUGUUGACAGUCACUCUGUUCUCAUUGACAGUAAAAGCAGAAGUUCACCAGUCCAACAUAGACUCUGAGAACAACAAGGUUAACUUCUGUUAUUAGCAAGGAGCUGGUAGCUGCUUCUGAGAUGGAACAGAUGCCAGCAGAGGCAGAGAGCGCCAAACUCCCCGGCACCUCUUCUGGAAUGUUGACCCGGUCUGGAGAGAAGCAUCACCAUCUGGAGAGGCAGAGGGAGGUGACUAGGGCACUGGUCAUCAAGAGUUCUCCAGAUGAAUUUACACCUGAAAUUCAUGAUCAGGACAACAGGGGAGAGUACCGUUUCCAGUGCCCCCAUGCAGGUCUGUUCCAGUGCAGUAUAACAGGCCUGGUGUUUAGGAUGGAGGGAGAGGCAGAGGUGCUCUAUAUGACAGUCCCCUGGGACAGGAUGCUUCUAUCCCAGAGAGGCAAGAGACCUGCAGGACCCCUGUUCAAGUUUACAUGCCUUAAGGGGUCUGUCAGUCAACUACACCUUCCACACUGUGAGAUUCAUUCUGAGGGUGGAUGUGACUUCCUGUCUGUAGCCCAUGUGACUGAUGAUGACAGUAUGGAGUUUCUCCAUCACCAUGAGACAAGAGAAACUCAUGUCAUAUUAAACAUCACUCAAUUCAGCAAAUAUGGUAUCACCAAGGAUAAGGAAGCUCCUGUCUCUCCUAUCCGUGCUCUGGUGCUACUAUUUUACAAACUCCCAGAUGAUAACAAUAAUUCCACCUUAAGUGUGUUGUUGCUGCCCAGAAAUGUUGACAUUGAUGAGGUGUGUAAGACAAGGAGGACAAGGAAUGGAGACCGAGAAAUCUACAUUGAAAUAAAUCCUAACUGUAGACUAACCCGGGACCAAGAAUACACCCUCUCCACCGAUCUAACAGAUGAACAUCACAUAGAUCCACAGAAAGCAGAGUUUGUGGAUUAUGAUUCCUAUACAAACUACCUGCUGACAUUUCAGUUGCGUUUAAAAACUGUUGUUGAGGAAGUGGAUCUUCUUCUGGAAGAACAUGGCGGUCCUGAAAAUGAACGUGUAUGGAACCGCCUUGUUUCACUACCAGUUACACCUCCAGAUGGCGCUAGAGCAGCAUCCAAACUGCAUGAACCUGCUGCUCCCCUUAUGGACAUUUCAACCCACCCCCCUCAACAGGCGUCCAUUCUGCCCCCCACCUCAAUGAAGCUGGUAGCCGCUUCUGAGAGGGAACAGAAGCCAGCAGGGGCAAAGAGGGCCAAACUCCACAGCACCUCUUCUGGAAUGUUGACCCGGUCUGGAGAGAAGCGUCGCCAUAUGGAAAGGAAGGGGGCUAAGGCACUUCACAUAAGGAGAUCUUCCAUGUUAGCUGUUCUAGACCUGCUGCUGACCAGUCUGCAGGAGCUCACUGAAGAACAGCUGAAGAUAUUUCAGUCUCACCUGACUAUUGGCAGGAUGUUAGACUUUCCUCCCAUCCCAGAGAGCCAGCUGGAGAACACUGACAGACAGGACACAGUGGAUCAGAUGGUGAAGAGAUAUGGCCCUGAGGGAGCUGUGGAGAUCACAGUGGAGAUCCUGAGGGAGAUGAAUCAGCAUGAUCUCGCUAAGAAGUUACAAAGAGAUCACAGAGGAAAGAAAUUGAAAAAAGGAAAGAAAUUGAAAAAAAUUACACCACCUGUUGGCAAUGCAGCAGGGACGAAAGCAAAUGUUUCUUAUCUGCUGCUGGGCACUCUGGCAGAGCUGGUUUCAGAAGAGCUGACGUUAUUUCAGUGGCACCUGAUUCAUGGUGUGGAGGGCUUUACUUCAAUCUCACGGGGCCAGCUGGAGAACGCUAACAGACUGGUCACAGUGGAUAGGAUGGUGCAGCAAUACCACGAGGACGGUGCUGUGAAGAUCACACUGGAGAUCCUGAGGAAGAUGGACCAGAACAAAAUGGCUGAUGAGUUAGAGAAGAAGUUCCCAAACAAUGUCUGAACUGUAAACAGUGUGUCUACAACUCUAUAUGCAUUCGCACAUCAAGUCUUCUCUUGAGAUGGGCUCGGGGAUGGAACAACUGUUGAACAUCUGUGGUUGUUUGUGGGGGAAGGGUGGGUAGUGUGUGUGACUGUGGGUGUGGUUGUUUGUGGGGGAAGGGUGGGUAGUGUGUGUGACUGUGGGUGUGGUUGUUUGUGGGGGAAGGGUGGGUAGUGUGUGUGACUGUGGGUGUGGUUGUUUGUGGGGGAAGGGUGGAUAGUGUGUGUGACUGUGGGUGUGGUUGUUUGUGGGGGAAGGGUGGGUAGUGUGUGUGACUGUGGGUGUGUGUACGUAUAAUAUGUUGCUACAGGGUAAUGGUGUUAGGGACAAUAUAGGAUGAAUCACAAUAAUGAUUUGACAUAAUAAUAAUUGCUUGCUAAAAAUGUGCUUUUUGUAAUGCCAGUCCUGGUUAUAGGUAACAAUCAUUUGUAUGAACUGCCUAGAUUAUUGCUCAUAACUAUUUGUUAAUUGUGGAAAUAACGCAUUUGCAAAUCAUGUCUUCUCUUAAGUUGGGCUCUGGGAUGGAGCAACUGUUGAACAUCUUUGUGAGAGAAGGGUGGUGUAUGUAUCCCACAUCUGUUGCUAUGGUGUCAGGGACAAUAUAGGAGGAAUCACAAAAAUGGUUUCCAAAAUAAUAAUUGCUUACCAAAAAUAAAAAAAAUAUGUAAUGCUG